AUGGGCUUGGAUGCUAUGAACCAAUCUAUAGCCAAGAAUGCAGCUGAUGGAUCUUUUAUGGAUAAAACAUUUGCGAGGAUCACACAAAUCCUUGAUAAAAUGGCAAAACAUAAAAAAGCUUGGCACUCAGAGGAAACCACGGGUGGAAUUGCCUAUGGUACUCCUUCCUUGAACAACAUGAUUAAGGAGAAUCAACAAAGAGAUCAAGCAAUCGCCGGGCUUGCCACCAACGUCAAUGUGUUGACAAAGAUGUUUACUGAAAGCCAAACAAAAAAGAUGUAUGUGGUGGAAAAUGUUCAACCCACAUCAAAUGAAGAUUAUGAGGAAGCAAAUUAUGUCAACAACUCUCAAGGAGGUUAUCAAAGGCAACAGUACCAAGGUUCAGGACAACAAAACCAAUGGAGGCCUAACCUGCAAGGGCAAGGCAACCAACAGUGGCGAAAUAACCAAGGUAGUUCAAAUCAAGGGAAUUGGAGUAACAACAACAACAACUUUUCAAAUCAGAGUUCAAACCCUUAUGUCCGACACUUCAAUGAGGAAUAUGACCGAGCAUGUCGGAGUGGGAAUGUACUUCAAGGAGAGAAUGAACAAGUGGUUGAAGUAGAAGAUUUCGAACAAGAGGUUAAGGCACAAGUUGAAGUGCCAAUUGUUGUUGAAGCUAAAAAGGUCCCGGAAGAGUUUAAAAUUCAAGAAGUGAACCGGGAAGAGGAUAAGGAAAAGGUGAAAGAGAUGCCAAAAACUCUAGCACCAAUUCCUAGACCUCCUCCUCUUUUCCCUCAAAGGCUUUCUAGGAGGGUUGAUUAUAGCAAACUCGAGAAGUUCUAUGACAUUCUCAAGAAAUUAUCGGUAAAUAUUCCGUUUGUGGAAGCAUUUCAACAGAUGCCGGGUUUUGCUAAGUAUUUGAAAGACUUGAUCACCAGGAAGAAAACCACCAAGAAUGAAGUGGUGAAUGUAACUCACCAGGUUAGUUCCAUCAUUGCAACAACCACCAUUCAAAAGAAAGAAGACCCGGGAGCUUUUACCAUUCCAUGCACUGUUGGGCCGCGCGAUUUUGCAAGAGCUCUUGUGAUAUUGGGGAUACCAUCAAUUUAA